AUGAUGAGCGACAUAUACGCCGCUGCGUUCGCUACAGUUAUCUGGCUUGACGAGGAAUCGGGCGACGUCAAGAUGGCCUUUGGCUGGCUACGCAGCUUCGUCGAGUGGUGCCCGAAAACAACGGAGGAGUUCAUACAAACCUGCCCCAAUCCUCUCGAGGCCGGUGGAAAGGUGUUGGGAUUAUCUCUGCUGCGAGCUUCACUUCUCACGCGCAUAGAGGGUACGGAGAAGCAACUUCUGCCGUUUCUUAUCGUGAGGACGCUGGAAUUCAGAUGCGCUGAUCCCCGUGAUCACAUUUUCGCGAUGAUAGGUAUCGCAUCCGAUGCCGACCGCUUCGAUCUGAUCGACUACAGAAGCCCAAUGGAGAAGAUUUGUCGACAGUUCGCGUCUAUUUGCGUCGCCGAUAGCAUGAGUCUCAAGUUGCUUUGGUCUCUCGUUUGCUUUACUCCGUUAAAGUGUCGGAUACGUUCUUGGGUGCCAAAUAUUCAAAGCGUGGUGAGCAAUAGGGACGGGGGCACCUUGGUCACCCAGUUCUCUGUACAGCAGUACAAAGAUCAUAACGCAUCUGGGGACACGAUGCUGCAAACGGUGUUACACGAUGGCGGUGAUAUCCUAGGGAUACGGGGCUGCAUCAUCGACAGGGUUCGCUUUCUCGGAUCGGACAACAGAAGUCUCGGCGACGCUCGUAUUGUCGAAAAAUUAUUCAAUAGGGAUCUGCAACCCUUUCGGAAGAAUAUUCAGGCGAUGCAAAGGCGGAGAUGGGAAUGGCUUGAAGAAUGUUUGUCUAUUGCAAAGGCCUCGGGCGCGACUAACGUCGAGGGAGCUUUACAGAACGCAUUGCUGGGUGAUUCUUUCAUCAACAAUGAAGUUCCUCAGGGUUUGGCAGUGGUCAGGACAGAGUUUGCUGCUCAAAUGCAGCUUUACAAAGCUAUGGCCCACGAAAGCAACCAUAGUAGGUGGUUAUCCGCCGUGAUGACAAGCAUGGGCCUUGAAUCGAGCCAUCUCCUCGAGAGCAUGAUACUAGAAAAGCUGCACCGGCGGUUUGGCAGUACGCAGAGCGGAAGGCUAGGCUGGCUGACGCCGGUGGCUGAGGAGGGAGACUUCAUCUGUAUUUUCGACGGAAUGGAGCUUCCGUACGCCAUCCGGCCAUCUUCGGAAGGCCGAUACCUCCUUGUUGGUGAAUGCAUCAUCCUGGGAUUCAUGACGGGGGAUGCGAUAGGGUUGUCUGGUGCCGCUUCGGAGAUGAUACUUCUCGAAUAA